AUGCACGUAGUGAAGCCAAAAACUGAUGAUAUUGAUGCAGACGACAUUUGGUUUCAACAAGACGGUGCCACAUGCCAUACAGCUAAUGCAACAAUCAAUUUAUUGAAGGAGAAGUUUGGUGAAUCGAUUAUUUCAAGAAAAGGACCAGUCAAUUGGUUACCAAGAUCAUGCGAUUUAACACCGUUAGACUUUUUUUUAUGGGGUUAUGUGAAGUCAUUGUGCUAUGCCAACAAACCACAAACAUUUAAUGCAUUGCAAGAUAACACUGAACGUGUUAUCGCUGAAAUACAGCCUGAUUUAUGUGAGAGAGUCAUCGAAAAUUGGGUCCAAAGAAUCCAUGCUAUGAAACGAAGCCGUGGUGGUCAUUUGAAUGAUGUUAUAUUCCAUACGUAA